ACCAAACCAACGACUACUCCAACAACACCAACUACUCUUGUGACGACUACAACUACAACAACUCCAGCUCCUCCUCCAGUGUUUGUUGUCGCAGCAACUGUGGUUGAACCAUUUGUUGAAGAGUUUAAUGACAGAUUUAGCGUGCAAUUCAAAGCUCUUGAAGUAAAAGUGGUAGCAGUGUAUGAUAUCAUCUACAGAGCAAGAUAUGGAAUUUUCUUCAUCCGGAGUUUUGUCAUUGCCUUCAGACCUGCCGUCACCAGGUUACGAAUGAAUGGUACUCAAGCAGAGGUGGGCGUAGAGUUCAAUAAAGCCACACCAGCUGAGACAAUCCCAAAGGCUGAAGAGGUUCAACAAACACUAAAGGAGGCCGUGAAUAACCCCAACAUCACUUUGAAUGUCACAUUCGACGCGGCUUCCAUUCAAAUCAUACGAGUACCUGCAACUGCAGCCCCGGUAGUUUUGCAAAACACAACAAUUACAACAAAUGAAACUGCUGCAAACAUCACUACCGGUGCAGCAACAACAAAUCCUGGAACAUCAGCUGCCAGCAAUGCAACAAAUGAAACUGCUGCAAACAUCACUACCGGAGCAGCAACAACAAAUCCUGGAACAUCAGCUGCCAGCAAUGCAACAACUGUAGCACUUACUACAGUUACAACCACUACAACAACAACCACAACUGUGGUGCAAACACUAAGGCAGCUGACCUUUAGGUCUCCCGGAGAGACCUUUACAACUGAUUUGCUCGACUCAACCUCAACAGCAUUUAAAAACCGAGCUGCACUUUUAAAGUCCACUCUUGAACCAUUCUACAGGCGAUCAUUUUCUUCAUUCAGUGAUCUAACAGUGAAGUCUUUCAGAAACGGCUCUAUCAUCAAUGAAAUGGAGCUUCGAUUUGCAUCUGCAUCUGCUCCUACUGGCUCCGAAAUUGCACAAGUUUUGGUGAACGCAGCUUCAAACAUCACUGUCUUCACCAUUGAUGCUACUAGCAUUUCUGUCGACGGAACACAAGUGUCAAGUGGAGCAAGCCACAAGAUCAGCCUCAUCAUGGCUUUCUGCGUGGUCCUGUUGUCAUGGAUGUUGUCAAGUCAACACUAACAUCUCUGCUAAUUUCUAGUGGAUGAUCUGCUUAAAAAAUAGAAACAACCCAAGACAUCACGAGAGGGCAUUUUGUUUAAGAGAUACAAUUAGUCAACAUUUUCCAAGCAUGUUUCAGCAAAUCAUCAGUCAAAACCUUUAAUACUGCUAAAACCACAUUUAUUAUUUGUUCUACUUGUGAGGAUGUUAUUAGGAUCUUGUUACUUUGGCAGCAAAAUCCUGGAUCUAGUCUAUGAAGAAAAAAACUUAAUGUAUUUCCUGCUUCUAUUGAAAGAGUCAUUUAUGUUGUCUAAAGAAGUGAUGUAAGAUUUAAAGCUUUUUCUCUCAAAGUAACUACUUUAUUCUUACACAAAGUUUAAUUAUUGUGUUCAUUAUUUAUAUAUGUAUAUUUGAAAUACUAUUUAAGGAAUUGCCUGAACGGCUGAUUAGUAGGUGAUAAUUUAUGCAAGAAUUCUCCAUAAAUGAAUGCUGUGGGAUGAAAGAAAAGAAGAACAUCUGAAACUUUUGUGAUUAUUUAGUUUUUCUUUUCAAUAUAAACUUGUAAAUGAGAUCGGUUGUUUCUGUAUGCAGUAUUCCCUUAAGUGUUAUGCAAUCAUAUUUACAUGUAACUAAUGAAGAAAUUUAAGAACAGGCACUAUCAACAUUAAAUUACACUCAUAUGAGAUUAUUGCAAUAUUUAUCUUUUGGGUGAAAGAUGUGUUGAAGGGUAUAAAAUCAAUGUAGCUGUUUCCAAUAAAGAAAUUGAUAUGUAAAA